AUGACAACAUUUUUGAUUGACAAAUUGCUUUUAAUGGAUCAAUAUACAAAUUAUCUCUUUGAAUUCUCAGAACAAUCAACCCUUGAAAGUAAUUUAUUUCCAUUGUUCAAUGGUGAAAUAAACAUUGAUUAUGGUGACAAUAAUAAAUUAAAUUUAUAUAGUGACUAUCAAUACCCAACUCUAAUAUCAUUGGAUCAACCUUUUGAAUUCAACAGCAAUUUGAUUGACAAUUCAAAAAACACAAAUUCAACCACUUUUUUAAAUAAUAUAAACAAUAAUCAUUUAUUAAAUAAUAAUGAAAUUUCUUCUAUUAGAAAAAAUACUGUUUCAUUAAGAUUCAAACAUUUCUUACAAAAACAAAAGAAACUAUGCGCAAAAAAACAGAUUGAUCCUGCGAUUUUAAGUAAGAAAUUUUCCAAAUAUGUAAAUAGAAAGUAUACUGGUUUUAUCUAUAGUGAUGAAGGAAGGAGACAAAAGUUAAAGACUAAAGUUUUCAAAAAAGUAUUCUCAAAACCAACCAUCUGGCUAUACAGAUUAUGUAAAGCAAAAUCAAGAACAAUUGAGAAACAAUAUAAAGUAAAAAAACAAUUUCUAUUAGAGAUUCUUGAAGAGCUAUUAGAUGAACCACUGUGCAUUCCAAAGAAAAUACAAAAUCCACAACCAUUAUAUAAAGAUUAA